AUGGCGGAACCUCCCAUCAAGUUCAAACGGUCCAAGACGAAGCAGACGACGGCAAGGAACAGGGACUCUCCUGCUCCCAAUGCCGAACACGUAUCUGGUGAACCCGCCGACGACUCCCCCUCUCCCGCCGCACUUGCCACCAAGGUCAGGAACAAGGCAAAACAGCGCGUUAAACCCAAGACCACACUUAGCUUUGGCGGCGACGACGAGGACGGCGCAGAGACUUUCACUGUCAAAAAGUCUAGCCUCAGUCGUAAGCUUACACUCGGCGUCCAUCCUGCACUGUCCCCUCCUAAUAUUUCUUCUUCCUCCGACCAAGCAUCUUCAUCUCGGUCUGGAGGGGUUGUCUACGAUGAAGCCUACCUUUCCCAGCUCAAAGCCAGCACACCCUCCACCCGUCCACCGCGGCCCGUGGACGAUAGCUCGUAUGAUGCAGAUGUAGCCAUGGCAAUCGAUGCGGGUGCUAUGAAUGAGGGCGGCGCAGAGGAGCUGCAGCCCUUUGCGGCGAACGAGACUGUCAUUCCCUCAGAGUCCUCGGUGACGGCAGCGAAGGAGAAACGAGAGCGUCUUCGCGCUAACAAACCAGCAACUGCUACCAAUGGUGAAGACUUCAUAUCUCUGUCGGUGACCAAGCGUGCGGAAGAAUGGCAGGGCCCUCAUCCUGAGAGUAGAUUAAUGAGAGAGGAUGACGAUCUCGGAGAGGGUGAUGACGAGUUCGCCGAGUAUACUAGCGCCCAAGAAAGGAUUGCUCUAGGCAAGAAGUCAAAGAAGGCCGAGGCUAGCAAACGAAGAGAUGCCAUGAAGGAACUCAUUGCAGACGCCGAAGAAGUCGAUGACGAGACCAAAGAGUGGGAAGACGAACAACUUCGAAGGAGCGGUCUUUCCAUGGAUCAAACCACCGUCUCAGCCAAGCAGGUCUAUGUCCCCACACCGAUACCAAUGGUGACUCCGAUACCCACGCUGGACCCUGCUGUGGAGCAGCUUACUCGGGCAAUGACUUCUUUGACGCAGUCUCACGCACAGAAUACUGCCACUCUUGCCUCCUUAGGGGCGGAACAGGUGGAGCUAGAGAACAAAGACAAUGAGAUGCGUGAAUUGAUCACGGCUGCUGAAAGCAAGCGAAGUUGGUUCGUCGCUUUCCGCGACUGGGUCGAGAGUGUCGCCGCCUUUCUGGACGAAAAGUACCCUCUUCUUGAAACCGUGGAGAACGAGCAUAUCUCCCUCAUGAAGGAACGUCGCGAGAUGGUCAAGCAGCGGCGCCGUGCAGAAGACGAAGACGAUUUUUCAAUAUUUCUCGGAUCAUUUCCCGUUCCUCCCGAGGCAGAGGAACUGGACGAGUUGGGUCGCCUAGUCCCCCAUCCCAACUCAUUCGUAGCAAAGCGUGAGCGAAAAUCAGCCCGCGUCGCACGUCGUGCUCGACGUCGGCAACGGGCCUUGCCUAAUAGCAUGCACAAUGAGGAAGGGUGGUCUACCGAUAGCACUUUACCACCAUCAGACGCGACGGACUAUGAGGUCGCCACCGAAAAAAUGCUGGCUAAGAAGGACCAGAUUCUGGAGGACGUAAAGGCGGAGGACUUUAGAAAUCCGAAUAUAGGCAUUGGGAAAUGGUUUGACGAGUGGCGGAGGAGAUAUGAGGUGAGCUAUACGCAAGCUUAUGGGGGUCUCGGGCUAGUCGGCGCGUGGCAGUUCUGGAUUAGAUUGGAGAUGGCCGGAUGGAAUCCCCUCGAGGAUAAUGCACAAAACCUGGACACUUUUCAGUGGUAUACGCAAUUCCACCAUUACUCUCGUCCAAGAAAUUCAGACGACCUUUCUGAUAUGGAUGAGGGGGACGAGCUGGGUCCUGAUGGCGACUUGGUGCCAGAGGUGCUCGGGAUGGUCAUCAUACCUCGAUUGAAAGCCAUCGUUGAGGGAGGUGCCCUGGAUCCUUACUCUGAGACGAGCAUCAGCCGUUUGAGAGACUUGGUGGAUGGUAUCAGCCUUUUCAUCCCAAUUGAUCAUCCUAGAUUCCAGCCAUUCCUCUUAGCGGUUUUCAACUGCUUCAAGAGGGCCGUCACCGACAUGGAGGCCCUAGAACGUCAAUACCUCGCCCUAAAUAGCCCGACGUUCGACCCAGAGGCCAUGUCGGCCCGAACUCGUGUGCUUGCUCGCCAAAGGAAACUUCUGAGCAGCAUGAUCAAGUGGCGAGAGGUCACUCGCGACACAUUCAAAGUCGGGGAGCUUAUCAAGGAGUUCGUGAGGGAGUGCAUGACGAGGGUGGCGGAGACCGGAUGGGACAUCGGAGGGCAGAACAGUAUGCACAAGGUUGUGCGUAUGUGUCCGAGGGAGUUACUUCCACAUGGUCUCAAGCUACGCAUGAACAUUCUGUAA